UUCAUUGUUGAGUAACCACCACUUUUGCCCACGUCGCGUCUCCGUUCUCGCCGUAUACACUUGAUUAUCACCUCUCUCGCCAAAGCGCGCCAGUUUCUAUGAACAGUUCUGGCUGUGAAGGAUAGAAAGCGCAAAGGACAUUGAAAAUGAACGCGCCAGACAGAUUCGAGCUCUUCUUGCUAGACGACGGUCAGCAAAAGGUUGAAUACAAGGAGGAAACCCGUGUGCCUAAUACUGCCAUAUUCACAUUCAACAAAGAAGACCAUACGCUCGGAAAUCUCCUCUCCCAGCGCCUCCUCAAGUACGAAUACAUCGUCUUCUCCGCAUACAAAGUACCGCAUCCGCUUUUCGCGACCUUCGAGCUCCGUGUUCAGACCGACGGCACAAUCACGCCCAAGGAGGCCAUCAUUCGAUGCUGCAAGGACAUUGUUCAGGAUCUGCAUGUUUUGAACAGUAGCUUCCAGACCGAAUGGCUUGGAAAGAAGAUCGUUAGCGAGGGCGAGGCGGACAGGAUUGCGCGUGAGCGUGACGCGUUCUAAGUUGCUGCUGCAAUAUCAUACGAGAGAAGAGAAAAGAGAGCAUGCAUACUAUGGCGUUUGGGAAGCAAUUGGUAUGUUGCUAAAAGACUGGCGUUGUGAUUGGGUACGAUCAGGAUUUGUCCGAAGUGCUUGCUGUACCACAAGUCUGAUUUUGAACAUCAGAGGCAUUAGAUACCUCCAGUAUGCGCGUAAAUCACGCUCAGCAUCGAACAAGAA